GCGAGAGGGGGCCGGCAUCUCAGCGAGGAGGGCGGAGACGGGCGGGCGGCUCCCUCCUCGGCCACGGUAGCAGCGCCUACGUCCCCGCCAUCGCCGUAGCUGUGCCCGCGUCGUCCCCGCAGCCACCCGCCACCUGCCGCCGCGAGGAGGAGGCGACACGUGCGCCCGCCACCAAGGGGGAUCAUGACUUCAGCAACAUCACCUAUAAUUUUGAAAUGGGACCCCAAAAGCUUGGAAAUACGGACGUUAACAGUGGAGAGGCUACUGGAACCACUGGUUACACAGGUGACGACCCUUGUCAACACAAGCAACAAAGGCCCAUCUGGUAAAAAGAAAGGGAGAUCGAAGAAAGCCCAUGUACUGGCUGCAUCUGUAGAGCAAGCCACUCAGAACUUCCUGGAGAAGGGUGAACAGAUAGCUAAAGAAAGUCAAGAUCUCAAAGAAGAAUUGGUUGCUGCUGUAGAAGAUGUGCGCAAACAAGGCGAGACCAUGCGCAUUGCCUCCUCCGAGUUCGCAGAUGACCCCUGCUCCUCUGUGAAGCGCGGCACAAUGGUGCGGGCAGCCAGGGCUUUGCUGUCAGCUGUGACUCGCCUGCUCAUCCUGGCAGACAUGGCAGACGUCAUGAGACUCUUAGCUCAUCUGAAAAUCGUGGAGGAAGCACUAGAAGCUGUCAAAAACGCUACCAAUGAGCAAGAUCUUGCAAAUCGCUUUAAAGAAUUUGGAAAAGAGAUGGUGAAGCUAAACUAUGUAGCAGCAAGAAGACAACAGGAACUUAAGGACCCUCACUGUCGGGAUGAAAUGGCAGCUGCCCGAGGGGCUUUGAAGAAGAAUGCCACCAUGCUCUACACAGCCUCACAAGCCUUCCUCCGCCACCCAGAUGUGGCUGCCACCAGAGCCAACCGAGAUUAUGUGUUCAAGCAAGUCCAGGAAGCCAUAGCGGGCAUCUCCAAUGCAGCUCAAGCUACCUCGCCCACUGAUGAAGCCAAGGGCCACACAGGCAUUGGAGAGCUAGCUGCAGCACUCAACGAGUUUGAUAAUAAGAUCAUCUUGGAUCCCAUGACAUUCAGUGAAGCCAGGUUCCGGCCAUCACUGGAGGAGAGGCUGGAGAGCAUCAUCAGUGGGGCUGCACUCAUGGCUGACUCAUCCUGCACGCGAGACGACCGGCGGGAGAGGAUUGUGGCGGAGUGCAAUGCAGUCAGACAGGCGCUACAGGACCUGCUCAGCGAGUACAUGAAUAACACUGGAAGGAAAGAAAAAGGAGAUCCUCUAAACAUUGCGAUUGAUAAGAUGACCAAGAAAACAAGAGAUCUAAGAAGACAGCUUCGGAAAGCAGUGAUGGAUCACAUAUCUGAUUCUUUCUUGGAAACCAAUGUUCCUUUGCUCGUUCUUAUUGAGGCUGCAAAGAGUGGGAAUGAAAAGGAAGUGAAGGAAUACGCCCAGGUCUUCCGUGAACAUGCCAACAAGCUGGUGGAGGUUGCCAAUUUGGCCUGUUCUAUCUCCAACAAUGAAGAAGGGGUAAAAUUAGUCCGGAUGGCAGCCACCCAGAUAGACAGCCUGUGUCCUCAGGUCAUCAACGCUGCUCUCACAUUGGCUGCCCGGCCACAGAGCAAAGUUGCCCAGGACAACAUGGAUGUCUUCAAAGACCAAUGGGAGAAGCAGGUCAGAGUGCUGACUGAGGCGGUGGAUGACAUCACCUCUGUAGAUGACUUCCUUUCUGUCUCAGAAAACCACAUCUUGGAGGAUGUCAACAAGUGUGUGAUAGCUCUGCAAGAGGGAGAUGUGGACACUCUGGACCGGACUGCAGGGGCCAUCAGGGGCCGGGCAGCUCGAGUUAUACACAUUAUCAAUGCUGAGAUGGAGAACUAUGAAGCUGGCGUUUAUACUGAGAAGGUGUUGGAAGCUACAAAAUUGCUCUCUGAAACAGUGAUGCCACGCUUUGCUGAGCAAGUAGAAGUUGCCAUUGAAGCCCUGAGUGCCAACGUCCCUCAACCAUUUGAGGAGAAUGAAUUCAUUGAUGCCUCUCGUCUGGUGUAUGAUGGUGUCCGGGACAUCAGGAAGGCUGUGCUGAUGAUCAGGACCCCAGAAGAACUGGAGGACGACUCUGACUUUGAGCAGGAGGACUAUGAUGUACGCAGCCGGACCAGUGUUCAGACUGAAGAUGACCAGCUCAUUGCAGGCCAGAGUGCACGGGCUAUCAUGGCACAGCUGCCCCAGGAGGAGAAGGCAAAAAUAGCUGAGCAGGUGGAGAUAUUCCACCAAGAGAAAAGCAAGCUGGAUGCUGAAGUGGCAAAAUGGGAUGACAGCGGCAAUGACAUCAUUGUACUGGCCAAGCAGAUGUGCAUGAUCAUGAUGGAAAUGACAGACUUCACAAGAGGCAAAGGCCCACUGAAAAAUACAUCUGAUGUAAUUAAUGCUGCCAAGAAAAUAGCUGAAGCAGGUUCUCGGAUGGACAAAUUGGCUCGUGCUGUGGCUGAUCAGUGUCCUGAUUCAGCAUGCAAGCAAGAUUUACUAGCCUACCUUCAACGAAUUGCUUUGUAUUGUCAUCAACUUAAUAUCUGCAGCAAGGUGAAGGCAGAAGUACAGAAUCUAGGAGGAGAGCUCAUUGUGUCAGGGACAGGAAUUCAGAGCACUUUCACUACCUUUUAUGAGGUAGAUUGUGAUGUCAUAGAUGGGGGCAGGGCUAGUCAACUUUCUACCCACCUCCCAACCUGUGCUGAGGGAGCUCCAAUCGGGAGUGGAAGCAGUGAUUCCUCCAUGGUGAAGCUGUUUUACUCUCACCCAAUGUGUUAUUCACAGGAAUCCUUCAGCAGACUGGGACAGCAAAAGGGUUCUAAAGAAGAGACAGGCUAUCCUAAUUUUGCCACAGAAUUAGACACCAUCUUUCUGAAAAUGAAAUCUAUGCUGGACAGUGCCACAUCACUCAUCCAGGCAGCUAAAAACCUGAUGAACGCUGUUGUCCUGACAGUGAAAGCAUCCUAUGUAGCCUCAACCAAGUAUCAGAAGGUCUAUGGGACAGCGGCUGUCAACUCACCCGUUGUAUCUUGGAAGAUGAAGGCUCCAGAGAAGAAACCCCUUGUGAAGAGAGAAAAGCCAGAAGAAUUCCAGACUAGAGUUAGACGAGGCUCUCAGAAAAAACAUAUUUCACCUGUACAAGCUUUAAGUGAAUUUAAAGCAAUGGAUUCCUUCUAGGAUGAUAGGCUUUAACAAGAAAGUUUUUUCUUUCUUUUUUUUUUUUUUCAUUCCCCCCCCCCCUUUUCUUUUUAAUUACAUUUUUGUAUGCAUACCUGCCAACUUGUAUGCCUCCGACUCGGGGAAAUAAAGGGAUCUGUUUGCAUGUGAGAUGAGGUGUUGUUUACACCACUGAUCCAUCUGUAGACCCGGGGAGGGGACAGAAAAUUCUUGUUCUUAGGUGGCACAGAGCUACUCUUUCAACAGUUUCAUAACAGCUGGGCAAAGAGUUCACAUCACAAUGUCUAUGGGAGUGGGAGGGCUGGGGAAAAUAAAGUAAACUUCUACAAAAGCAAACUCUAAUGCAUGCAAGAAUCAUUAGGUUGGCAGGUAUAUUAAUAAAUGAAAAAUCCGGAAGUGUGACGGUAGAACAUAAAGCUUGUAUUGUUUCUGUUUCAGUGCAAAAAUGUACUAGCCAAUACGCUUACGUGUGUGGGCCACAAAUUGAUUUACUUUUCAGUCAUAUCCAUUAUACUAUGUGAUUUUUAUUUUUUUUUUACUUAAAGGAAACUGACUCCUUCAACCUAAGAUUUUUUUCUGUCUAUAUUUUGUUCUUUCUUUUCUAAUAGUAAUGACUAGUGCUCAUGUUAUCAAACCCCCUUCCUUUACUGAAAAUAUUAAUGCUUUGAGGAUAUAACCCUUCUGAGAGCACUGGAAGUCCACUAUGGUGAUCAAUCUUGCCUUUACUCUUUUACAAAAUUUGAAUAUAAUUUUGUUAGCAAUAGGAAGCCCAGUGGUGAAAUGUUAAAUGAAUGGAAACUUACUAAGUGUGAUGGUUUAGAAACAAUUGCAUAGGUGUAGCUUGGAGUGCUGGUAUGUAAUAUGCCAUUGUAUUCACUAACUCAAAAUAAACACAUUUAAUCUUGA